UUAUCGUCAGUAACGAAACAUCCGCGAAUAAUCUACACUCGUUCAUCCACAUUUAGAAAUUUAGAUUGUUUUGCGCUACGAACUGCUAGUUGAUUCGCACACGGUUACGACUUCUUAAAGUUCACGAAAGGACAGGACGGUUAGUUCGCACAGAACUUGGUUCGAAGUGUUACUCAGUACUUGGAGUCGCAAUUGCAUGUACCAGUGCCUCUACUAUAUCAUCGCAUUGUCAGCGCGGAUACAUCUUCGACACGACGGAAUCACCAAGUAGGAACCAUGGCUUCGUCUUCAAAUCCUUACCAGCAUUAUGAUCAACCUCGUGUGGAGGAUGAUUUGAUUGAUCCUGAUGAUGCAACCCUCGAUGAUCUCGACGAUCCACUCAAUGCUACUACCUCCCGCACUCCCCUCACCGGAAACAUCCAACAAACGCAAUCCUCCACCCAAUCUUCCCAAAACUAUCUCACCUCCCGUAUCCCAGGCGAAGAUCGUCGAGCUCCCACAAAUACCCUCGAUGAAUCGGUUUGGGACACCCUCUCGCGCGAUCUCACAGCCAUCUGGUCUAAAAUGCGGGAAGUGCUAUAUCCUAAAUAUCUUUUUGGAGGCUCGAUGAUUGAUUCUCAUGGUUUGCGAGGCGCAUACUCGCAGUUUCGAGAAAAUGGGAUUCAAGGGGCGAGAGAAGAAUUGAGGGGCAUGAUUGGAAGAGUAACGGAUGUAGAGGGAUUGACUCAAGGGAAUGCGAUGAGUGAGGGAUUGAGAGAUUGGGAUUUAUGGGGCCCGUUGGUUUUUUGUUUGGGGUUGUCAUUGUUGUUGAGUUUUAGGGCGAGGGGAGAUCAAAUGAGUAAUGUUUUUAGUGGGGUUUUUGCUAUGGUUUGGUUGGGGGAGGCGGUGGUGACGGUGCAGAUUAAAUUGUUGGGUGGGAAUAUUUCCUUUGCCCAAUCCGUCUGCAUCAUCGGCUAUACCCUCUUCCCUCUCGUAAUUGCCGCACUCCUCUCAGCACUAGGUCUUCAUCCCAUCCCGCGAAUCCCCAUCUACAUUGUCCUGGUGGCGUGGAGUAUGGCGGCGGGAAUUAGUAUCUUGGGAGGAAGUGGAGUGGUGAAGAAUCGAGUGGGCUUGGCGGUUUUUCCUCUAUUUGUGUUUUAUUUGAUGUUGGGAGCGCUUUGUUUUAUUUCUUAGGGUUUGAUGGGUUUGGGGGGAUUAUGGU